AUGUUCAAACCCCCGUUGUGCAGCGAAUUCCGUUGUCGAACCGCUCGUAACCGCGGAAUUGGGGAUGUGCUCGGCAGCAAAACCGUCCAUCUUGUCCAGCUGCCGGCGGAGGAAAAUCAAACAGCGCGAAAAACUCCGAGGUCAAGCGUCCAUCCAAAGCGGAGAAACGACUUUCUUUCCCGAGUCAUAAGCACUAACUUUCUCCAUUUUCAUUCAUUGUCGCUUUCUCCUCAACGACGGACUGUCGUCUGCCUAGAUGUUACUUCGACGCAGUUUCUGCCGCUUACCAACGCCGGCGAGCUGGAUCUCGCGGGUUUCAUCACCAAUGCCUCUCCGCGCCAAAGUGACGAAUCCAGCUUUCGGGGCUGCUGCGAAGGUAUGCUUUAUAGCUUGAGUCUGUUUGCGAUGUCGACUGCCCCCGAACUCCCCAAAGAACUCCCCGGAGACGAACCCGACGAUGUCCUAUUCAGCUCCCUUUACGGUGUACGAUUGAUUGAGCUCAACCGCCCCAAGAAGCUCAAUUCGUUGAACGGGUCGAUGGCACGGAAGAUUCUCCCUCGAUUGAAGGAAUGGGAAAAAUCCCAGCUCGCGAACAUUGUCAUGCUUUCCGGUGCUGGUACAAAAGCUCUCUGCGCGGGAGGUGACGUCGCUUCUUUGGCUCUACAGAACGAACAAGGCCCAGAAGGGCAGCAAAAGUCGACCGAUUUCUUCGGCCUCGAAUACCGUCUGGACCAUAUUAUCGCUACUUACACAAAGCCAUUCAUCUCGGUGAUGGAUGGAAUCACGAUGGGCGGCGGCGUCGGUCUCAGUGUUCAUGCCCCCUUCCGCAUUGCGACUGAGCGUACUGUGUUCGCCAUGCCGGAAACCACCAUCGGAUUCUUCCCGGACGUUGGUGGCUCGUUCUUCCUUCCCCGUCUCGACGGCGAGAUUGGCACGUAUCUGGCACUCACCUCGGAGCGUCUCAACGGCGUGCAGGCGCUCUACGCCGGUAUUGCGACACACUACUUCCACUCCAGUGUUUUGAGCAACCUGACAGCUCGUCUGGCAGAACUGGUCUUUAGGGACCACGCGUCGCUUGCCGAGCGCUUGGACCUGGUUAACAAGACCAUGGCCGAGUUUUCCGUCGGCCUUCCGCCGGUGGAACAGGAGCCUAUCCAACUUGCCGGUAGCCUGAGGAGCGCCAUCGAUCGCUGCUUCAAGCACAAUACCGUCGAGGAGAUCUUCAGGGCUCUCGAGCAGGAGACCGUGCACAAGGAAUGGGCUCAGAAGACACUAGAGACCCUUUCUUCUCGCUCGCCCACAUCGCUCAAGGUGACUCUGCGGCAGAUGCGCGUGGGCAAGAAAUGGUCCAUUUCCGAGACCUUCCAGCGGGAGUACCAGAUUGCGGCUCAGUUCAUGAAACACCCCGACUUCGUUGAGGGCGUCAAAGCCCGUCUGAUGUCGAAGCCCCCUCGCCAAGCUACAUGGCAGCCCGCUACCCUGGAGGAAGUCACCAAUGAUGCUGUGGAUGCCUUCUUCAAGCUUCCCGCGGACAAGUCCCGGCUCACACUCUUCAACAAGACCGACUACAAGCAGUACCCUCACGCCUACGGCCUUCCCAGCGAGGCGGAGAUUGAGAAGUUUGUCCGUGACAGCUCAGAAUCCGCCAGCAAGACAGUGGCCGAUUUCGUGGAGAAGUGGGGUCACAAGGAGGGGGUCAGAGAGAAGGUUGCAGAGGUUUUGGCUCGACGAACAGUGCAGACUCCAGAGGGUCUGCGAUGGGAGUAA